AUUGGUAUUCGUGUUAAAAAUAUAACCUCAAAAACAACAAACAAGUUAUUUCUAAUCACACGUGCCGCAGUUUCAUUCAAAACACAAGAUGCCCAAGUUGAAGAAGCAACGUAAAAGGAAGAAGUACCAAUACAAUAUUAGCAGGAAAAGGCUAAGAAACAAGUUAAGUGGAAAUGGUGCUGUUUUAUGCAAAGAAUUAAAAGAGUCAUGGGACAGAAGGAAGUCUGUAAAGAAUAACAUGCUGAGCAUGGGAUUGGCUUUUGAUCCCAAUGCGACUAUCAAAAUAGAGAAAACCAGAGGCAAACUGACCGACUUGUUUCAAGGUGAUGAUGCAAGCAGUGAAACAAAUGUACCAGAAAUCCCUGCUGAAGAUAUGAAACUAGAGGUAUUGGAGAAAUUGAAGGAAGAUGCUUAUGCACCCAGAAGGAAAGCAUUUAGAUUACCAAACACACAAGUGGAGUGGUGCAGUUAUCUAUUGAAUAAGCAUGGGUUAAAUUAUCAUGCUAUGGUCAAAGAUAGGAAAAAUUACAAUCAGGAAACUUGGAAACAGUUGCGCAUCAAGAUUAGGAAGUUUCAGCAAAUCCCAGAACAAUAUGAACCAUUCCUUGAGAAGUAUGGACAUUCAGCAGAUAAAUUUGUUGAAAGUGAAACAAAUAAAGAUUGAUACUAUUGUA